AUGCAGCAUCAGAUGUGCGACAUAAAGAAAGAGAUUGAGCGAGAGCGAGUCCUGUGUGAGGCUCAGAAUCUGGACCAAUCAACAGGUUGUGCUGUCAUGUGGGACAAGAUUACCUGCUGGCCCAGUGCUAAAGUUGGAGAAGUCGUCACCAUCCCCUGUCCCAAAUAUCUCUUCUACUUUUCAAAGGACAUUCCAAUACGAAACUUGUCACAGAUCUGCGCUGAAGGGGGCUGGAGCCCAAUCAGCCUGGAGUCCUACAUAAUGAACUGUGAAUACAACCCCAACAGCACCAUGGAUGACACGGAGGGCCACUUCUAUGGUGCCAUCAAAGUGGGCUACACAAUUGGUCAUAGUGUAUCCCUCAUCUCCUUGACCAUUGCCAUCAUUAUACUGUGCAUAUUUCGGAAGCUUCACUGCACCCGAAACUACAUCCACAUGCACCUCUUUGUGUCGUUCAUACUAAAAGCCAUAUCUGUGUUUAUUAAGGAUGUUAUUCUCUAUGAUGUUGGUGAAGCCGAAAACUGCCACCCCACUGUGGGCUGCAAAGCUGUGGUGGUCUUCUUUCAAUAUGGAGUUAUGGCCAGUUACUUCUGGCUGUUGGUAGAAGGCCUUUACCUUCAUGCUCUUCUCGCUGUUUCAUUCUUCUCAGAGAGGAAGUACUUUUGGUGGUACAUCAUAAUUGGCUGGGGAGCACCGACUAUAUUCAUCUCCUCAUGGGUCAUCACCAAAGCCUGGCUCAAUGACCCGGGUUGUUGGGAAAUUAUUGACGCCCGCUCAUGGUGGAUCAUUAAAACACCUAUUUUAGUAUCUAUACUUAUCAAUUUUUUCCUUUUUAUCUGCAUAAUCCGGAUCCUGCGUCAGAAAAUGAACUGCCCUGACAUCGGAAGAAAAGAAUCCAAUCAAUAUUCGAGACUUGCCAAAUCAACUCUAUUGCUGAUACCACUGUUUGGAAUAAACUACAUUAUUUUUGCAUUUUUCCCGGACAACAUUAACCCACAAGUGAGGAUGGUGUUCGACCUUAUUCUGGGGUCAUUUCAGGGUUUUGUAGUGGCCGUGCUGUACUGCUUCCUCAACGGAGAAGUGCAGUCGGAGAUUAAACGUAAGUGGCGCAGAUGGAUGUUGCAGCGUUUCCUGGGAGCAGACCUAAAGCAUCCUUCACUCGGCAGCAACGGCAACAACUUCAGCACCCAGAUCAGUAUGUUGACCAAAUGUAGCCCCACCACGCGCCGCGCCUCCUCCACCUGCCACGAGCACUUCUCUUCUUUAUGA